AACAGAACACAAUUGCUAAAAAUGUUCAAUCAUAGAAAUUUAAUACCAAAGAUGUGAACAAAUAAAGAAAUACAAAUAACAAACAAACAUAUACAUACAUAGAGAGAAAGCAAGCAAGUAAACAAGAAAGCAAGAGGGAAAGAGAAACGGAAUAAAAAAAAAGUGCAAACCAGUGCAAACUAAGAACAACAAAAAAACAAAAAAAAACAUCAGAAGAGAAAUGGAACUGCAAUAUACAAAUCAUAAAAUAAAAGAAAAAUUCAUUUAAAUGCCAAAAAUAAGAAAUUCAAACAUUGAAAAGUAAAUGCAAUACGAUAACCAAAACUGAAUAGAAUCGUAUCGAAUCGAAUCGAAUCGCAUUAAAACGAACCGAAACGAAACGAAUCAAAAUAAGACAUCAUCAACAACAUCAUACCAACCAACACCAUCUUUUCCUUCUCCUCCUCUACUUCCCCUCUUCUACUGCAGCGCCCACAAAAAACACGCUUUGAAUGUGCUUGAGUGAAUUGAAUGCAAAGAAGAUCCAAGGAGAACGCCAAGCGAAGACAUCAUAACAAAUAGUAUAUAUAUUAAAUAUAUAUACAUACACACUGAGUUAACCAGAAAUCGGUGCAACAUUGCGUCAAUAUCAUCAUUAACCACAUUGGCAACAUGUUGCUGAGGCGCUUACAACAAAUCAGCAACGGCGGCAACAAGACGCUAAUCGGAUUUCAAUGGAACCCCAAGGGUCUGCUGCUGUUGCUGUUUAGCUUGGCAAUUGCCAUUGGCCAGAGUACAGCUCAAAUUGAUCGCACAAUAAGCGAACAUGAGAGCAAAAAUGUAGUUCUACCCUGUCCGGUCAAUGAACAGAAAUGCGGUAAACUGCAUUCAUUGAAUUGGUUUAAGGGCGAUGGUCGUAUCGCUGCCAUGCUACUGGGUGAUAGCAAUGUGACGAGUGUAAACAAAGAAUUUGAAAAUAGAGUAACAGUUGAACAAAAUCCAUACAGAUUAGUUAUUAAGGACUUAAAAAUAUCUGAUGAGGAUAUCUAUCUAUGUGAUACAACAUUUUAUAUACCCGAGGAAACGUGUGAUAACUUCAAUGGCUAUCGUGUUGAACUGAGAGUCCUAGUGCCACCCACUGAGGUUGUGAUUUUGGACGCUAAGGGCGACCGCAUCGAGAACGGAAGCAUCGUGGGACCCCUGCAGGAGCGCCAAUCUCUAAAGGCAACGUGCACUGUGAAGAACACACGUCCCCAGCCAGAUGUGGGCUGGUUCCGUGGCACCAAGCGCCUGGCAACAUAUUCGCCCACUCAUGAUCUAAAGGAUGGACUAUACACAUCAACACUUGAAUUGGAUUGGCAAUUAUCACGUGAAGACCUCGCCCAGGAUAUUGAAUGUCGUGUGGAAUCGGCGGCCAUAAAGAAUGCAAUUGUUACCAAAUUCAGUGUGGAUUUGCAAGUGCGUCCCACAAGCAUAGACAUCAAUGGAGUGGAACAUCAUACAGUACAGGGCAGUAAAGUGGUGCUAACAUGUGAUAUUCAUGGUGCACGCCCAGCGGUUAAUCUAACUUGGUAUAAUGCCACAUCAAUUAUUAACCCAGAGGAAAAUGAACUAACCGAAAUACGAACCAAAGCGUUUGAAAAAGAGGAUGGCACCUAUCACACCCAAUCGGAAUUGAUUUUUAAUGCCACUCGUUUUGAAAAUGUGCGCGUUUUUCGCUGUGAGGCUGAGAAUAUUGUUUUACAAAUCAAUCGAGAGAAGGCCAUAUCAUCGGCCAUGACAUUGGAAGUGUUGUAUCCACCCGUUGUUAGGGUCAAUCCACCAGAAUUAGUCGUGAAUACAAGUGAAAUAAUUUUGCUUAAUUGUGAAUAUAUCUCAAAUCCGGCAUCGCUAACCGAAGUUAUAUGGUAUCGAAAUAAUGAAACUGUCAAUGUGAAUGAUACGGAUCAUUAUCAGGGUGGAAAUUCUGAUAAUGUAGCCCUGGUUAUUAAAUCAACCAGAAAGGAGGAUAUUGGCAAUUAUACAUGCGAACUAUCGAAUGCCAUUGGCAAAGGUUCAUCAGAUCAAUUAAUCGAUUUGGAUGUUCAAUAUGUUCCCCGUGUGGAGGUUCUUAUGAUACCAGAGGGACCUGUCAAAGAGAGCGAUGAAUCGAAUGUAACCCUAUUCUGUAAUAUUAUCGAUGCCAAUCCAUCGAUGUUAACCAAAGUGCGUUGGUAUGCCAACUCUACUCUGCUCAAAGAGCUACCCGAUUGUGAGGAAACAAGAGAGGAUCUUUGCCAUAUUGAUCCCAGUAAAUUGUUAUUGGAGAGUAUUGGACGUGGUUUCUUUUACAAUUAUUCCUGUGAAGGUCUAAAUGCUGCUGGCUGGGGUCCUCGCAGUGAGGAGAAGGAACUAAUGGUACACUAUGAGCCUGGACCGGCAACUCUGACUCAUUUCCCUCCGAUUGCUGUUAAAAAGAAGAGUGUGAUAUUCUCCUGCUCUGUGGAUGAUCCGGGUUAUCCCGAAUCGAAUAGAUAUCGUUGGUUACGCGGCGGUCGUGGCCCCCUUCAGGAUAUUGUCACCAAGGACUGGACAGUGGAGCCAGUUGGCCUAGACAGCCGAACGAACUACUCGUGCUAUGCAUACAAUGAGGGCGGCAAGGGUGUUAUGGCCACAGUCAAUUUGGAGGUACAUGCACCGCCAUUUUUCAUCAAGAAUCUGUCACCAUAUACGGGCAUGCUGCAUUCCUCGGCCAAUGCCAAUCUGACCUGUCGCAUUGAGUGUGUGCCACGCUGUGAGAUCUCCUGGCUGAAGGAUGGUGUGCCGAUUGAGAAGAACGAUACCCGUUACUUUGUCAAAGAGAAGUAUAUGGAUGCCUCCCCGGCAACUGGUGAUUUUGAGAGUAUGCUCUCAGUUUUGCACUUCAAUAUGUCAAAUUGGCCAAAUAAAAAAUUCGAUAUUGAAGCAGAUAAUGCGAAUUAUUCAUGCGUCUCCACAUCGAAUUCAGUGGGAGCGGGCAUCAAGAGUGCCACCUACUUUAGCAUUGAAUAUGCCCCCGAUAAUACAACCGUUUCGGAGAGCAUUGUCUAUGUGCAGGAAGAUACCAUACCGGGACGUGUCAUAUGCAAAUCUCGAGCUAAUCCCGAGCCAUCGUAUGAAUGGCGUUUCCGCGACCAGACCAUCACCCGGGGUAACGCUUUGAUUAUCAAUAAGGCAAUGCAACGCAAUGAUAAUGGCACCUACACCUGUCUGGCGUUUAAUAAGCAUGGCAAGAGUAUUGCCGAAACCGUAAUCGAUGUCCAAUUUAAACCACGCUGUGAAAUUGAAAGACAAGAGAUCGAUGACCAGGAUACAUUAAUUUGCACAGCAUACGGAAAUCCUGAAGAGGCCGAUUUUUCAUGGUCAAUUAAAGCUGAAAAUGAAACUGUAGAAUCUUUGGGCAAUGGCGAUAAAAAGGCUUCUGUUAGCAAAAGCUAUUAUAUACUACAAGAGGAUUAUGCCAUUGCCAGAACCUAUAGAUGUGUGGCCAAUAAUACUGUCGGCUUGGGUGCAUUCUGUGACAUUGAAGUUGCCGAACAACGGGCUUGGUGGCAGCGAUGGGACAAAACAACGCUCAUUAUAUUGGUGGCCGCCAUAUUGGGCUUAUUGCUAGCCGUCAUUAUCAUUUGUUGCAUAAUCAUUUGCAUUUGCCGUCGACGUCGGCGACAGGAUAAAUCCAAACCUACUACUACAACAACAACUGCAACCACACAAUGCACCCACAAUUCCACCAAACCAACCACAUCAACAUCAUCAAAAACAAUAUCAACUAUCAGUGUGCUAUCAUAUCAGCCAGUUUUGCCACAAGUGGGCAUUGCCCUGCCCCUACAAGAUACAACAACAAAUUCUGCAGCGGCAGCAACAGCAGCGGCAGGAACAUUGCUGCCAGCUACUUUGUUGCCACCGCAGCAAGAAAAACAUGAACAACAGCAACAACAGCAACAGCAACAAAAAGAAUCGCUACCCGCAGCCGAAAACAACAACGACGAGUUGUUGCUGGCCACGCCUCCGACCACCAUUGAGCGAAAUGGUGGACAUGGAAAUAUACCAAAAUCACCCCCACGCUGGCCACUGCGUCCCGGCGUGAUGGUACAUGUGAGCAGCGAUACCAAAGAGAAUCUAGCCGUGAAUCGUAUGACAUUGAAACCGAAUCUCAGUGGGGCAGGGCAGGCAGGGAAUGCAAGUCAGUUGUCGGCACAAUUGAGUGCCGUAUUGAAUGAUACUCAAACAACUAACUCCAAUAGCACCAUGUUAACCGAGGUGACGGACACAACAAUACCAAUACCAAUAGCAACAACAACAACAGCAACUGGAACAGCACUAGGAACAACACCAACAACAACAGCUAGUGGAUUAUCAUCGACACGUUUGGGCAGUCGAAGAAUGAUCAAAAUAAAACCAUUAUCAUCAACAGAUGAACAUGAGGCCACAUCGUCUGGUCCAGAAGCAACAUAUUGUCUGGAGAGCCCAAGCGGAAUAAUGCCAUCGGCAUCGACAACAAAUUCAUCAUCGAGAGUGGAAAGGAUAUUGGCCUUUGUCUUUAGACGGGCCAAGAAAUCACCAGAUGAUGGCAUACGCGAUAGCCAGAGAAGUCAUGUGGGUCUAUUGCAAACAUUUUGGCGAGGACGUGGCAAUAAUAAUGACGUAGCAGCAGCAGGAGCAGCAGCAGCAGCCAGUCCAUUUGGCGUCCAGCAUCGCCUCAAGGGAAUACGCUGCAGUGGCAGUGGUAAAGAUUUAAAGAAACCCCCAACUAAUCAAACAACGACAACAACAGCAGCAACAUCAACAACAUCAUCAACGGCAACGGCGACAACAUUGAAAGAUGUCAUCAGCAACGUAGUUCACAAUCCCACCAGUGUCCAAUCACAUGCCUCUGUGACAUUUCAAGCGCCUUUAUUAGACAAGCCAGCAACGCCAGCAACAGUAAUGGCUACAGCAACAGCAACGGCAAUGGCAACUGUAAUACAGGACACCACAACAACCACACUAAAAUCUCCCCAAGGAGCAACAGCUGCAACAGCUCCCAUAGUCCGCGUUGGGCCUGGCGUGAGUUCCUUGGAGCGUCAUCAUCCCAAACAACAGAGGAGCAUCUUAAAAUCUCCCACACCACCGCCACGCCCACCGCCACCAAUGUUGCCCUUGCGUCAUGGCCAUGGACAGCAGAAGCAGCAACAACAAUUGUCCACCAGCAACAUACCCAUCAGGAGCAGAAGCAGAAGCAACAGCAGCUGCAGCAGCAACACAAUCACCACAUUGCCUCCAUUGCUCAAACGCACGGUCCUCGUAUCACCCAGCAGCAAAAUCGAACGCGUUCAAAUACACGACAAGUCGUCUUCACUGGGGGAUCCAUUGACGGAACCUGGCGAGUAUGAGAAUCUACCAUUUCAUGGCCUCCAAACGGCUCCCAACAAGUUCUCUACUACCCCUACAAAUUUUAAUAACAACACAAAUGUGGUGCGCGUCGCUCCACGACCCAAGAGACUCAAUGGAAGUAUCAGUCAGCCAAUGAACAGCCAGCAGCAGCAGCAGCAGCAACAACAUCAGCAACAUCACCAGACUCUGCAACAUCCUCAUCCUCACCAGCAGCAAAUUUACUACGACCAGCAGCAGCAACAGCAGCAACAACAACUACAACAACAACAUGGGCAACAGUACAACACCAUGCACCGCCUGCCAGCUUCGGCGGCUCAACAGCAUAAUCGUAGUUUGAAUGAACUCGACGAUAGCUCGCAUCAUCAAAUACAAUAUAAUCUGAGCAAUUGUUUCCCCAAAAGCUAUACAGAAUACUAUCAGCAACAUCACCAACAACAGCAGCAUCAGCAUCAGCAUCAGCAGCACCAGCAACAUCAGCAACAACAACAGCAGCAGCAGCAACAACAACAACAUCAUCAUCAAAAAUUGCCUGGAACUGCGCAGCAAAAAUUUCAUACAAAUUCUGCAUCGAAUAUUCAGCUAUUGAAUGCAAUUGAACAUGAUUAUCAACCCACCUAUGCGGUAGUUGAACGUGGUGUUCCACCACCGCCGCCAGCACCAACCUCUGCUCUACUCAAUACAAAUCCAUUUCUGGCUGCUAGCAAUUUUAAGAAAUAUGAUGCAGCAGGCGAAGAAUUGCACGGCAGCAUGCAGCGAGGUAAACGUGGAAAAUCUGGCGGAAUCGGUGGCAUUGGGAUAGGCGGCGGACAAGAUACGGAUAAAAAGUUUUAUUCACUGAAAUUUCCGGGAAGCAAUAAGUUUAAGAAGCCACCGAUAAAUAGUUUAAACUCCUCCCUGGUAUCCAAUUCAUUGGCAUCAAGUGCAUCGAAAUGCAAAAGACAUCAUUCCUUUGCUGGUGGCGGCCAUGGCGAUAUUGAUUCCAGUGGUAAGCCCAUGCUUCUCUAUGAUCCACCUGUUUAUGAAAACGUUGCCGACAAUAUCGAUGUGGAUAUGGGCGGCGGCAGCAGUAACCUGAACAUAAAUCUGGCCACUGUGCAGCUACAUUCCCAGCCAUCAACAACAAUAGCAACAUCAACAGUUGGUGGCGGCACUGUAGGGGGAGCUGCUGUCGUUUCGCAUCACAAAAAAAAACAUCACCAUCGCCAGCACCAGCAAAAAAAUGAUAUAGUCGGAGGAGGAGGAAUAGGUGUGGGAGGAGCAGCAGGAGCAUCUGGUGGUGCCGACUUUCAGCUAAUGGAACCCGAACGUCUGAGCAUUUAUAGAAGUGACUCCGGUAUAUCCAAUAGCUCUUACGAGUCCCAUUUGCCCACCACAGCAAUGGGGGGUCAUCAACGUGCACAAAAAUCUCACAAGUCGGGAAAUGCUAAUAGUACAGCAGUGGGAACGUCAGCUGGAGGAAUCAAUUCGUCCUCAGGGCUAUUGGGUCGCAAACCCGUCUACAUGAAUGUUGAGGACGAGCGCUCCGGUUCACCUGCCCAUAUUAAUUCCUCCUAUGAAUCGGCAUCCUCCACCAGCCAUCCCGGAGGCGGAGGCAUUAGCGGUAGCGGCGGUGGUGGUGGAGUCACAGAUCCAACAUCUCUCUCAUCCUGCACAUCGCUAUAUAGCAGUGGUACUGGAGGCACAGCUGCCUCCUCUUCACGUUGCAAUCGUCAUCACCAGCAGAUACAGCAGCAAAUACAAAAGCAAACGACAGCAACGGACAUAACAACACCUGAGGAUUACGAACAGUACCAAUUGGGCCAUCAGCCAGCUCAUUCGGCCUCCAUGCUCUCUGUAGCCAGUAGUCUCAGUGUCGCCAGCAGAGGUAAAAGCAAGACAACAGCAACAAUGUCGCAGCAUAAUCUUCAGCAGCAGCAACAGCAACGCGUAAUUUCCACAACUCCAGCUUCCUAUGAGCAAAUCAAAUUGCUGGCUACUAAUCCAUUUCUAGCAAUUAAACGGAUCAACAAAAUCAGCAGCAGCAACAGCAACAACAAUAAUAACACCUGCAACAAGAAACUACGACGACAAACCAUCAGUGACCCCUACGCACAUAUCAAACGGUACAAUGCAGAUACCCUUAAUGCCAACCACCAACAAUACGACGGUAAUUCAGAAGCCUUUGCUGCCCACGGUGAUAGCAGCUCCAAAUCCGCGCCAGCUGCGUCAUCAGCAGCAACAUCGUUCACACAACAACAGCAACAAUACCAGCAGCAGCAGCAGCAGCAACAAAUUAGCGAUGACAACAGGAACAACAACAACAAUGGCUAUCAUCAACAACAAAUGCUAAUGCCAAACGAAUUGCUGCUGCAGGCAACACAAUUAGCUUCCACCUCGAAUACAGUUGGAAAUUUAAGAUAUGUGCCGCCCAUAGUACCGCCUAAUGCUGCCCACUUGCAUUCACACCCACAUCCAUUGGCAACAGCAGCAACAGCAGCAGAUGGUGCCUACGAUUGUCUGGUGGUGCGUCGCCCAAUGCGUCUGCCAUUGCGCAAACAUCACACCUUCCACUUUCAGACCACCCAGACGGCCAAUGGCAAACUACAGCAACUACGUCAGCAGCUGCAAAAGGAGAAAAUGGAUCAUCAUCAUCAGCGGCAUAAAGAGGGCGACUAUCGUCCAUUGACUCUGAAUGAGCGUCAUGCCUUUAAGCCAAUUUCACCCACACCAGCAACAACAGCAACAAUAACAACAGCAACAGCAACAUCAUCAGCAACAGCUGCUCCUGCUGCCGAAGAAGAUGCGGCAGCAACAGCAGUUGAGAGCAUAGAGCCAGAUUUAACUAAAGCUAAACUGCAACACCAGCAGCAGCAGCAACAGCAGCAACAACACAAGCACAUACAGCAGCAACUAAAUCCCGCCGCCUCAUUGGAGGCAUUAGAGGUGCUAACUAAAACGCAUCCAGACUUUAAGUUUACACAACCAAGAAAGGAACACAGCGAGCAAAUGAUUAUUUCUGCCGCAUCAGCGGAAGCCAAUGAAGAGGAUGAAGAGGAUCUUGGCUAUAGCUUUUGCGAGGAGGAAUAUAUGGUAGAUGGAAAUGGAGACGAAGAUCGCAUUGAGGACGAUGAAGAUCCGUAUGCAAAUGGUGAUACAAAUGCCACAGCACCGCCUCCAACCCCCUCGCAUACGAAUGCCGCAACACAGCAACAGCAAACGGCAAUUGCCAAUGCAACAGCUGGGGCAUUAAGAUACUUUAUGACCCAAAGCUAUCGCGAAGUUCACAUUAAAAAAGCAAACGAAAAGCCACUGAAUGCAGCCAAUUUUGAUGAUGAAUUCAUCUAUGCCGAUCUCGAGAGUCAGCACUAUGGUCCCAUCAAUUAUAAAGCCGCCUCUCUCUAUGCCCAGGUGAAGAAGAACAAGAAGACGGGAGCUAUGGAAGAAUUGAAAUAGUUGAUUUAAUUAUCAAUCAAUCAAAACCAACAACAACUACUAUCUUUUUUGCAUUUCAUGUAAAAUCUUUCGGUUUACUUGCUUUUCUAAACAAUUAUGAUAAACCCUAUCCCAAGAAUCCCGCACUCACACACACACAAAAAAAAAAAACACAAACACAAACGAACAAAUACAACUCAUGGUUUUUUUUUAUUCAUCAUGGUCAAAUGAGCUUCUCUAGAAACCAAAAAAGAAAAACCCACAAAAAAAUACAACAAAAAAAA